AACACAGACUCUCUCUCUCUCUCUCUCCAUUUUCACAACCAGUACAGUCCAUACACACACACAUAUAAAUAUAUAUAAUUGUGUAUCUAUCUUCACACAUCAAACCUAAUUUAAUCCACAUCUCGUUCUCUUCGAUCUGUGAAUUUGUAUUUAAUUUCGCAUAAACUUGAAACCCUAGACAAUGAAUCACUUUCACAUCUACGAAGCAAUUGGCCAUGGAAAGUACUCGACUGUGUACAAGGGGAGGAAGAAGAAGAGCAUCGAGUAUUUCGCUAUUAAGAGCGUGGAUAAAUCUCAUAAGAGCAAGAUUCUUCAGGAAGUUAAGAUUCUUCACUCUCUAGAUCAUCCAAAUGUUCUGAAAUUCAAUUCCUGGUAUGAAACCACUGCUCACUUGUGGUUGGUGUUGGAAUAUUGUGUAGGAGGAGAUCUCAUGACCUUACUCAAACAGGACUCUAAGCUCCCAGAAGACUCGAUACAUGAUCUUGCUCGCGACCUUCUCAGAGCUUUGCAGUUCUUACAUUCAAAAGGAAUUAUAUACUGUGACCUAAAACCAUCAAACAUCUUACUGGAUGAAAAUGGACGUACAAAGCUGUGUGAUUUUGGUUUAUCGAGAAGGUUGAGUGAUAUAUCUAAAACACCUUCCUCUCAGUUACCACAAGCAAAACGCGGAACCCCCUGUUACAUGGCUCCUGAGUUGUUUCAAGAUGGAGGAGUACAUUCAUUUGCCUCUGACUUCUGGGCCCUUGGUUGUGUGCUCUAUGAGUGUUAUGUAGGUCAACCUCCAUUUAUUGGAAAAGAGUUUACGCAGCUGGUAAAUUCAGUUCUAUCAGAUCCAACUCCAUCCCUACCUGGUACCCCAAGCCGUCCUUUUGUUAACCUAAUUAAUUCCCUGCUAAUAAAAGAUCCCGCAGAACGAAUACAAUGGACUGAGAUUUGUGGGCAUGCCUUUUGGAGAACAAAAUUUACUAUGUUGCAUUUACCACCUCAACCUGCUUUCACAAACAUGUUGGAGAUUUUUACUAAACCUUAUCAUUCAGAACAGAAUAGUGAAAAGCCGCUUCAAAAUAAAACCCCACCUAGAAAUCGGGAAAGAGAUUUAAGAGGUCACUGCAGACAAGAUGAGAACUCUACUCUGGGAUCAAGAGGAAAUGAUACCCCAAGCAAGGGUAUAUCUAGUGCGAGAAAACCUUUAGCAAAGGCUUCCACUAGAGGUGCUGAUGAGAAGCAUAGAGAUCUUUCAAGUAACACUAGAAGGGUCAACCUUCUGAGGCUUUCAAGAAUAGCAAAAUCAAAUUUGCAAAGGGAAAAUGAAAAAGAGAACUAUAGAAGGCCAUUGCCAAAUAACUCUGAUAAUGACUCUGAAGUAAAAAUUGAGAACACAGAUAUGGAACUUGACUUUGAUGAAAACACUGAGGAUGAAACACAUGAUGAGCCUGACGGGUCUGAUAAUCGUACCAGUAAUCCUGAAGAAAAUACUCCAACCCCUAAUCAUGGUGAAGGGACUGUCGAAGAGAUGGACAUAUCGCCUGCUUCCAGCACACCUGUGUCUGAUGACUCUAAAACUAUUGACCAAGAAUCCAUGUUGGAACAUAUCGAUGUGCCUGCUACUCCGCCUAGCAUCAGUCCUCAGAUCAAGACCCCAAGGAUUAAGGAAGGUUCAAAUUGUGCUCCUGACUCUGAUAAUUCCAGAUCACCCCCUGUCCUAUCACAGGUGCUUUGGCAUCCAUCAGAUCUUUCGGUAAGACCUGUUAUGCCCAGCAAAAAGGCUGAUAAAGGAUCAGAGACAGCACCAUCUCUUCCCUUUGAAGCACUGCCAGCAUCUGAUUUUGUUAAAUUUUCCAAACCGCAGUUGGAUGCAUUCAGCAGUAGGGUGAUAACAAUCGUCAGUGGGAACACUGCUACUGGUGAGAAGCAAAAUGUAAUUAGAUACCUUGAGAUGCUAAGUAGCAACCCUGAUGCUGCCAACAUUUUAACUAAUGGGUCAGUGAUGCUUGUCAUCGUCAAAAUGCUGCGACAGUCCAAGGCUUCAGCUUUACGUGUGCAGCUUGCUUCGCUCAUAGGCUUAUUGAUCCGUCAUUCUACUUAUAUUGAUGAUGAUUUGUCGAAUUCUGGAAUAUUAGGGUCACUAACUGAUGGUCUAAGAGACCGCCAAGAAAAGGUGCGGAGGUUUUCUAUGGCUGCUCUAGGUGAGUUGCUCUUUUAUAUCUCUACUCAAAAUGAGCAUUCGAAAGACAGUACUCAACCAGAGUCUCCAUCAAAGGAGGCCCGGCCGUCAUUUGGCUGGCAGGUGUCGAGUCCUCUAAUUUCAUUGGUGACAUCACUCUUACGGAAGGGGGAAGAUGAUAUUACCCAGCUUUACGCUUUGAGAACAAUAGAAAAUAUUUCUAGUCAAGGAGCACACUGGGCAACUCGUUUUACCAGCCAAGAUGUAAUUAAUAACCUUUGUUAUAUAUGUAAGGCUCCAGGUAAACAGGAGAGCAUAAGGCUCACGGCAGGCUCUUGUUUAGUACGUCUUGUGCGUUUCAGCCCUCUUAGCAUUCAACAGGUCAUCGAGAAACUUUCAUUUAAAGAUACAGCAGCAGCGCUUAUCAAGGGUAGUCCACGUGAACAACAAAUUUGCUUAAACCUGCUGAACAUGGCCAUGCUUGGGAGCCAUAUGUUUACAAACAUUGGCCGCUACCUUCAUCCCAUGAUAGAAGAUAAGAAUCUUGUCCCAAAUCUCAUGACCCUAAUUGAGCAGGGAAGUAAUGUCUUGAAAGGCAAGGUAGUUGUCUUUGUGGCUCUACUUUGUAAGAAUUCAAGGAGGUUAUUGCCACAUUUUUUCUGCAAUACAAAGUUCCUCUCUACUGUGGAGAGACUGGUCAAGGAGAAGGAUAGCUAUGUGCAGCAGUGUUCUGAUGCAUUUUUUAAUGUUGUGGCAUCAGUUGUUCCUGGCAUACUGGAAAGUAUAACAGGAGAUAUUCAGCUACUGAUGGGAGGAAGACGACAAGGGCACACUACCCCAACUAGUAGAGCUGCUCCCAGAAGUAGUAUUCACUUGUUUCCGGUUGUUGUUAAUCUUGUUGCAAGCAACUCUUUUAGGCGCAAGGUUGUCAAUUAUCAGGUUCUGCAGCAGUUGGCCAACCUAAUCAAAUUGGCAGAGGCGCCAUUUCAGGGCCGUGACGAGUUCCAAAUAAACCUUCUACGCACCAUUGAAUCCAUUACGGAGGAGACCUAUGUAAUCAGUGAAAAUCCUAAAAUUUUUAUCUGCAACAUUCUUCCCACUUUAUCGGUAACUUACAAGGGACAGAAAGAUGGAGAUGCCAGAUUUUUAUGCUUAAAGAUUUGGUUUGAUGUGAUAGAUGUAGUUCUUUGUGAAUUGUCCAGAGAUCAUCAAAGUUUAGAGGAUUUGAAGUCAACAUGUAGCAACUAUUUCAUCCCUCUAUACCCAAGCUUGAAGGAGGAUGAAGAUCCUAUUCCUAUAUAUGCAGAGAAACUGUUUGAGAAGCUUGUCCAAUUUAAUCUUCAACAUGCAUAAAAUCAUUUGUUUACUAUUUGUAUAAUACACUGUCUUUCAUCAUUACACUUCUUUUAUUAGACAAGAUGCAUCCUUUAUAUAAGAGGAUAUUGUUCCUGGAUUCAUUUGUAGACCUCUGAGAAGGGAAAAUAUGUUAAUGCAGCAUUCAAUUUUGUUUAAGUUGCUCUGGUAAAUAUCAGGGUACUAUCAAA